AGGAUUCGGAUCCGUCCGGCUCGCGUGUUUCUCUCCUUAUCUCACAAACGCGUACGUAUAUCGCGAACGGAGGAGCACAACACUUACUAACAUACACACCGCAUACAUAAAGCAUACACUUUUACUAACUAAAUAUUUCGUAUCGUUGUCGUGCUCAAGUAAAGAAAAAAAAAGCGCGUACAUAAUAUUGUGUGAGUGUUGUAAAGCAAAACGAACGUACGGAAAAAUGUGCGAUACGGGUGUACGCCGCUGAACUGCAGGAAGGAUCUCUCAUAAUCCAGGACCUCUUCACAAAAGUCGUCCACUUUUUUUCGGGGGAGAAAAACACGAGAUCAAAACAACAAAAACAACAAUAUGACAACAUUAGAACUUUACACGAAGGGAGCGAAGGUAUGGAUACCUCAUCCAGAGAGGAUAUGGGAGGCGGCGGAACUGCAGGAAGACUACUCGCCUUCAAAGAAAACUCUGCAGGUUCUUACAGAGAACAACGAACAAAAGAGUCUCCAGGUGAAAGCCGAGAAGGAACUUCCGUUCCUCCGCAAUCCGCAAAUCCUCAUCGGCGAAAACGAUCUGACUUCGCUGUCGUACCUGCACGAACCUGCCGUUCUAUACAACCUACAGGUCAGAUUCUGCCAGCACAAAGACAUCUACACGUACUGUGGCAUCGUGUUGGUAGCCAUCAAUCCCUACGAUGAUCUUCCAAUAUACG